AUGUGGCGACGUACCUAUCUGUUCCUGCUGCUGCUGCGUGUUUACUUCGCGCUGUCGCCCAGCUAUCUGCACCCUGAUGAGAACUUCCAAGGCCCCGAGGUCUUCGCCGAUGCCGAUGAGCCUUCUGAAAUGGUUCUACACGGAGAUCGGGUCGGGCAACCCACCGCCACAACUAGUGUAUUAUGUUCUGCGCGGGGAAUGUUCCUGCUGAGCUUUGUGCUGGAGGACUGGGCCGUGUAUGAACUGGUGCCGUCACCCCGCCACCGUCGUGCGACUGUGGUCCUGGUCGCCUCGUCGUAUGUCACCUGGACGUAUCAGACGCACACCUUCUCCAAUUCCCUCGAGACGCUGUUGGUGGCCUGGGGGCUGGUUCUGAUUCGUCGCAUUACUGAGAACAAGAAACGAUCGUCGUUCUUUUCCUAUGCUGUACUCUCGUUCAUCGCUGUCGCUGGGGUCUUUAAUCGCAUUACCUUCCCGGCCUUUUUACUCUUCCCGGGGUUACAAUUACUGCCCUACUUCCAGCGCAAACCAACAUCACUCCUCGCUUUCAUCGGCUUUGGGGCCCUGUUCGCUUCAAUAGCGAUAUACAUCGACACGACCUUCUACAGACCCUCCACCUCCUUCCUCGAGAAUAUACGGAAGCCGAUCGUUACUCCUCUAAACAACAUACUCUACAACACCGACGCAUCCAACCUCGCAAUUCAUGGCCUCCACCCCCACCACCAACACUUCCUAGCAAACCUCUUCCAACUGCUCGGCCCAGCCUAUAUCGCCAUGAUUCUGUCCCUCUUUAGCUGGCCGAUCGUGCCCACCUGGAUGCGCAACGCGCGGGCCCUUUCCGCCGUCUCAGCAACAGCCAUCCUUUCCAUCUUCCCCACCAAGAACCCCGCUUCCUCAUUCCCUGCGUCCCCUCCUCCUCAGCUCAUCGUUGAGUCAAACACCCUAUCCCAAGGCAUAAAAACAAUGCCCGACGCCUCUGUCUUCUGGUGGAAAACAUACUCUCCACCGCAGUGGCUUCUCGGUGCAGAUACCAAUGCCACUCACAUCGACACCUUUGAUCUAAUGGGCAUUCCAGGCCUUGAAAUGAUCACCGCUCUAGACAAGGCCGUCCCUCUCUGCCCCACAACUUCUCCAGUGUACCUCGUCGCGCCGACAUCAGCUUCAUUCCUGGAUGAAUACAUUUCCCCUUCAUCCCUCUCAGAACCACAUUCCCCUAAUCUUCAGCUCUACCGCCUAUGGACACAUCGCAAACAUCUUAACCUCGAUGACCUCGACUUUGGCGACGAUGGUAUUCUGAACACUUUGAAUCGUGUCGUUGGACGUCGCGGAUUAGGUGUAUGGUCUGUUCGACGUGCGUGUACGUGA